UAUGUAUAUAUAAAUAUAACAGUAAAAAAAAGUGAAAAAUUUUCAAACGAAGAGCCAAAAAUUCAACUUACAAAAGUGUAUGCGAAUAUUUCAUUACAAAAAUGAGUUUAUUCACCUUAGUCGCCGGACUGCUAACGCUGGGCAUAUUCGGUUAUGUGAUGUGUAAGGAUAUUGAUGAGUAUCCAACAACAUUAUUAUCAUUUCAAAAUUCAUUAGAACCCCCUAUAGAAUCAGCGAUGUCCACCAAAGACAUGCUUCAAAAUCAUUCACAUUCGAGAUCGCCUAGAUGGUUUCCAUUUUAUACGAUUGGACGUUUUGCCAACGAUGUCUGCACCGGCGCCAAUCAAUUGUCCGGCACAUGUGUGGUACGAGGCGAAUGUAGUGAUAAUGGUGGUGUGGCAGCUGGUACCUGUACUACGGUUACGACUCAAGCCGUGUGUUGCAUAUACCAACUGGGCUGUGGCUCCAGCACAAGUUACAACAAUACCUAUUUUUACAAUUCGGGUUACCCCGGCACAUAUGGCGGUGGCGGUCGUUGCUCCAUUGUUGUCACACCAUGUGAUGCGAAUAUCUGCCAGCUUCGCAUCGAUUUCCUAUCGUUGACUAUAGCACCACCGAGUGGCGAUGGUUUCUGUCUGACGGAUACCCUAACUAUAACGGGUGGCGCUUCACGUGUACCCACUAUUUGUGGUGAGAAUAGCGGACAACAUGUUUAUGUCGAUUUCAAUGGUGAAUCACCGAUUACCAUCUCUGUGGCCACAUCCGAUAGCUACACCUUUAAUCGCCAAUGGCAACUACAAAUUGCACAAAUCGCAUGCGCUUCUGCCACACAAGCACCUUCGGGUUGCCUGCAAUACUACAUGGAUACAAGUGGCACAGUAUCAAGUUUCAAUUAUGACUCCGCCGCUAAUUCGCUGACAAAUUCAAUUGGUGUGCCAGGCACACGACAAAUAGCCAAUCAACAAUAUGGUAUUUGCGUACGCAUGGGCGCAGGUAUGUGCUCAAUAACUUGGAGUCAAGUGAGUUCAGAUGCAUACUCCUUCACGCUAACAAAUGAUGUAGCUGUUGUCGAUCCAUCAUUGCUUGGCACUGCGACUGUACAAAGUCAGGAUUGCACAACUGAUUUUAUUAUUAUACCGAAUCCUACACAAGAUAAUGUCGCAUUGGCUAGCGAUCGGUUCUGUGGACUGGGAUUGGUGGAUACAACGAGUGCAACGAAACCAUUUGUGCUUUAUACUGUGACGAACGCAAAUGAGGAUUUGGACAUGUCGAAUCGCGGUUUUUUCCUAUCCUAUUCACAGAACGCUUGUCCUGUAGUCUAGCAUACAAUUUAAAUUUAAGU